UGCUCGUUCAAUAAUUACACCUCAAAACAUUGCGAUUCAGUGCAUCACACUCGUUUUAUUCCUCGCUACCGGUGCAUUCUGCGAUCUGCGGUUGAAUCCAAUCCAAAUAAUCACACCGAAUCCUUGAGAAGCUCCAUCACUGAAGCUACUGUACCUACUAGACUAGGAUAGUGUCGAUACGAUAAAGCCAAGAAAGAAAACUGCGCCAUCAUUGCCCUGCUUCACUGCGGAUUCUCUCAUCAUCCACCCACCACGACGGGAAAUUCUAAUCUAUUUCUGUCACCACCAUCGCGUUGCAUCGCAUCGACCAUCCCGUAUACCUGCCAACGUCGCCCAACCCUCGUAUACGGUGCUGCCACCCAUCGCCCCGUCACGAUCCCCGAUAUUCCAUUCCGUCUACUAUAUUCUGACUCUGCGCCACAUUUCCAACUGAACAGUCGCGGCCGUGGUUGGCUACUUUGGAGAACGUCUGGAUACUCUCCCUUGCCAAGGUGGAAAAGUCGGGACGUGUGUGGCGUCAAAGCGAACUUCUCGUUCCUGCGACUCUGGGCAGAAGAGGCGGAGUGGGCGAAGGAGAAGUGGAAAAGAGGGAAGGGGGAAUAAACACACAACACCAAGCAUUGCUAUCACAGCAAUUUGAGCCUCGUGAUUGCGACCCUCCACGAGAGUUGCUGCCCCUCACCCUCCACUUCGCGAUAACCGGCAUAAGCGGCAACCUUCUUAGAAGUCGCCGAUUGCGACGUUGCUCAAGCUGGCUUCAUCACGCUCACCCUUCGGCUCUUCGAGCUCGUUUAGCGAUCGCCCUUCCCGUGCAUUUCAUACCAGACAACGGUCUUCUGUCAGCCAUAUCGUGAUCAACCCGGGCUUGCUAUCCUCCGAUCCCCAGAGGCCACAGCAGCCUCACAACAGUCCUUUAUCUCCAGUUCCAGGUACGUACAGUUGAUAGUGACGCUCUCCAGUUGUCUGGUCAAUGUCUCAGUUCUCAUACCUUGAGGCUUCUUGGCGGAUUCCCUUAAACCAUGUUUUCGACUGUUAUCCUUCCCACUGUCUCUCUUUGCCUUAGUUUGUGCGUGGCCUCAGCCUUGACUUGUUCUUGGUCAUCCUUGCUUCAUCAGCUACCUAAGCACAUUGCUCUCGCUUCUUCCUUUUCCCUUUUCUUUUUUUUUUUAUAGAUAUAUCUCGCUUGUCUUUGACUUCCAUGGACCGUCAACUACAGUCAACCUAGUUCGCGGGCUAAUCGCUGAGCCCGCCUCCUACAGAUACCCCAGGUCCUUCCAUGACCCUUUCGCGAAGCCCUUCACCUGUUCCCGGUGGUGGCUGGUCAAGUCCAGGCUUGAGCCUUGACAGUGGGAGGUCGACUCCGGCGAACGUGAGCGGCGGCCCUGUUGUAUGGGAAUCGGCCAAGAUGCGACCUCACAACUCUAGCACAUUUUCUUCGUUUUCGACUCAAAACAAGGGGUUCUUCAGCAGACACAUGCGGCGACUAUCGAGCAGUCUCCCGCAGUUUAACGGGCAGCGUGAGACUUGGAAGGAAAAGCAUGGACGGGGACCAAGAUGGAUUCGAAAGGUGCCGCUCGCCGGUAGAAUACGAUCGAUUUAUGGGCGAAUGGGCAGAAGACUAAAGAUGUUCCUACUAUUCAUGCUGGCAGCGAUGCUCUGCUAUACCAUAUUCUACACAACCCCUCUUGUAUAUUACUGGAGGAGAUCGUUCGGUGGCGGCAACAAGUUUGUCAUUAUCUUGGGCGCAAAUGUUGGAGGUGGUGUCAUGGAGUGGAAGGGUGCCAGAGAAUGGGCUAUCGAGCGAGACAGCGUGCGAAACAAGCGAAAGUACGUCAACCGAUGGGGCUACGACUUGGAAAUUGUGGACAUGAGCACCAAGAAGAAGUAUGCGCACGAGUGGCGGGAGAGCUGGGAGAAAGUCGACUUUAUUCGGUCGACCUUGAGGAAGUACCCCAAGGCAGAAUGGGUUUGGUGGCUGGACUUGAACACAUUCGUCAUGGAGCCCUCAGUAUCACUUCAAGACCACAUCUUCAACCACCUGCAGACAGAAGUCGAGCGCGACAUCAAUUACUUCAACCCUCGCAACAUAUCGCAUCCUUUCACCCAUCAUUAUCUGGAUGAGGUCUCGCGAAGCCCUGUUGGAGAUGGCAAGGCCAACUCGAUCAACAUGAUCAUGACACAGGAUUGCGCCGGCUUCAACCUGGGAUCCUUCUUCAUGCGGCGCAGCGACUGGACGGACCGACUCCUCGACGUUUGGUGGGAUCCUGUCACAUAUGAGCAGAAGCACAUGCAGUGGGAACACAAGGAGCAAGAUGCGCUGGAUCAGCUAUAUCAAUCGCAGCCGUGGGUGCGCAAGCAUGUCGGCUUCCUACAUCAGCGCAAGAUCAACAGUUUCCCACCUGGAGCUUGCAACCCCGACGGCGGUCCCAAGGAUAAGCAUAUCCACUAUGAGGAGAACCAGCGCGAUUUCCUGGUCAACAUGGCAGGGUGCGAAUGGGGCCGAGACUGUUGGGGCGAGAUGUACUAUUACCGUGAGUUCAGUUACUGGCUCAACCGAAACCCUUGGGAACGCUUUAAGGAGGAUCUCAUUGCGGUCAUCUGGUUCAAGCUCACCGGCAAGAAGGUCAAGUUGUGAAGAGCACUUGAAUGACGCUGUGAGAUGAAUGAAGCGACGAUUUACUCGAUUGUUGGGAUAUAGACGCAUCAACUCGGCGAAACGAUAUACGGGAAACGGACACGAAAACAGUCUAUGGUAUGACUGUGCUGAUACUUGCCACGGAGUUCUUGUACAUGAUUUGCACUUUUUCUUUUCUCGACUGCAUAUACCCACUUAGACGAGGCAUUAGAAAGAAUACCGCGACAGUCGCGAGAUGUAAGGGGAAAUCUCGGCUGCAUAUCGCACGGAGAGGUUUGAAUUCGGAAGCAUCACGUGCUUACCGAACCCUCAUGGCAUGAAAUGAGAGGAGAUCGAGAGUGUUUUAUAGAUAUGAAAAGGUUGUUAGGUUGUGAAGGAGGAUGUAUGAAGAGUUUCAUGUGGCUGUCAAUUAGAAAGAACAUACAAUGUACCUUAAUUACAGUACAUACCCGAGCAGCUGGGAUUGCGAUCGGUCCGAAAGAAAUGUUUAACCACCUACGGGGGAAUUAUCUGAUACUGAUAGGUAUUAAGAUGCGUGGAGUGAAACUGUUUCGUGUCGAAUGAGUGAGAUCCUCCGGAAGUGAUGGGUGAUUAUUAGGCAAGGAUAGUCCCAGACACAGAUCAAGCUGAUACAACAUGCGUUGCGAGACUACAAUCAGGGGAAAUAUCAC